AUGAGGAUCGUGGUGAGUUUGCUGUGUUGCCUCACACUCGGGGGGCUGCCAGGGGCGAGAGGCUCGUGCCCAUCCCAGUGCAGCUGCGCCUUCCACAGCCUCAGUGAAGGGACCAAAGCCAGGACAGUGCUGUGUAAUGACCCAGAGAUGACCCUCCCCCCUGUGAACAUCCCCGUAGACACAAUCAAGCUUCGGAUAGAAAAGACAGCCAUCCGCAGGGUGCCAGGAGAGGCUUUCCACCUACUUCACUACCUGGAGUACCUCUGGAUGCCCUAUAACUCCCUGGCCAGCCUCAGCGGAAUCACCUUCAAGGGCCUUCGUCGUCUGCAGGAGCUGAGGCUGGAUGGGAACAAUUUAAUAGCUUUCCCCUGGGAAGCCCUGGCUGGCAUGCCACAGCUAAGGCUUCUGGAUCUACACAACAACGAACUUACCUCAGUCCCUCCAGAUGCUGCUCGUUAUGUCAAGAAUAUCACAUACCUGGAUCUGUCUAGCAAUAAGCUGAUGACCCUUCCUCAGGCUCUUAUUGCCACCUGGGCAAACCUCCAGGCUGUUCCUUACUUCCCCAAUGAUAACUCCAAGAUCAUCCUAGGCUUGCAAGACAAUCCUUGGGUAUGUGACUGCAGUCUGUAUGAAAUGGUCCAUUUCCUAAAUUUCCAGUCUCCUAACAUAGCGUUCAUUGAGCCCAGGCUGAAGUGCUUCACGCCCCGGAGCCUUGCAGGAGUGUUCUUCAGCCAAGUGGAGCUAAGGAAGUGUCAAAGCCCCGUUGUACACACGUCUGUAGCCAAAGUGAAGACCAUCCUGGGCAGCACCGUGCUGCUACGAUGUGGGACAACAGGGGUGCCCAUCCCUGAGCUCAGCUGGAGGAGAGCUGACGGUGCUCAGCUGAAUGGCACAGUUCACCAAGAGAUUUCCAGUGAUGGGAUGAGCUGGUCUAUUCUGGGCUUGCCUGUAGUCUCUUACCUUGACUCUGGAGAGUACAUCUGUAAAGCAAAGAAUUUUCUGGGAGCAACAGAGGCAUUCAUAUCUCUCAUCAUCACAGACUCUGAAAGCACGGAUGACCCAAACUCUUCUAAUGGCAAAGGCACAUGGAAUGGGAAAGCGAGUGGGAUGGAAGCAGCUGCCUACAAUGACAAACUAGUAGCAAGGUACGUUAUCACCACCUCCACUGUGCCUACCCUAGGGGCUGGAGUGGGCACUGGAGAGGGCCUCCUCUCGGAUGUGGAACAAGACAGCAACCCCAGAAACCUGCUGGUGAGCCCACCCACCGGUCAGCAGGAGCCAGAGCGAAUGGUGAGGAGUGUCAGGGUGAUAGGAGACAGUGACCAGAGCAUCACCCUGGCCUGGAAGGCACCUCUGGCAAAGAACACGACGGUAUUCAGUGUCCUCUAUGCCAUCUUUGGGGAGAGAGACAUGCGGCGGAUCAACGUGGAGCCGGGGAAGACCAAGGUCACCAUUUAUGGGCUGCUUCCCAAGACCAAAUACAUCGUGUGUGUCUGUGUGAAAGGACUGAUCCCCAGGAAGGAGCAGUGCAUCAUAUUUUCCACGGAUGAAGUUGCCAGCGCAGGAGGGACCCAGAAGCUCAUCAACGUGGUUGUCAUCAGCGUGGCCUGUGUCAUUGCUGUUCCCCUGACGCUGGUGGUCUGCUGUGGAGCACUGAAGAGGCGCUGCAAAAAAUGCUUCGUGCGAAAACCCAAGGAAAUUCAGGAAUCCUAUGUCACCUUUGAAAGCCUGUCUCCCGGGGCCAAGGCGAAAGGUGUGGAAGGGGAAUACUUGACUAGACAUACUCCUGAUGAGUCCAACAGGCUGCUGUCUGCCCGGUCCAGUGUGGACUCUGAAGCGAUACCAAAGAUAGAGGGACAACCUAAUGAAUACUUUUGCUGAUAGUAGCUAGGAUGAUUGCCAGCUUGCCAGGUGGAAAGCAUGUGGCUGUAUAUACCACUGUGCUCCAGCAAUGCAGGCCAGCCUGUCAAUGCUUCUGUCUCCAACAUGUUCUGGAAGAGGAUUCAAGAGGGUAGAUGGUGCCCAAGCUUUGCAGAAACAUGUUGCUCACACCACUUGGGGUUUGCUGUUUUGUACCCAGUCAAAAACUUCUGUGAUAAUGGCCUCGUUCUUCUGGACAACUUUUUUUUUUUCCCCCUGUAAAAUGAAGCAUGCACACUAAGUGUGAGGACAUUAAGCAACAUUUCUGAGUGUGUUCUGCUUGGUGUUGUUUAGUACCUGCUCUGCAAUAUACUAGGUAUUUUAUUCCCAGCUCUUUUUAUAUUCCUCUGGUUGACAAACAGGGGACUGUUUAGUAAUUCUACUAUAAAUAUCUAUGAAGGUGAAGACUGAGAGUCUCACUUUUGACAUUUCCUGUGUUUGCAUGAAAAAUGCAGUUUGAUGCUUAGUAGAUCACUAAAUACAACCUUUUCUAUUGUGUCCAACAUAAUAAC